AUGGAUUACCUGGCAACUCAGGAUGACGAGUCAGCAGCUCAAACCACUGCGUAUUGGAACUGCCUCAUAGCAGCUCAGUAUCAGCGGGCCUCCGAGAUUCACGGUCAUGAAAGAGUACCGAAAAAUGAAGGUGAAAGAGGAAAGUGGGACAGCAGCAUUGCCUGGUCCCCGAGUGAUGUUUUACCAGUGUAUCUGGCCAGUGGGGACAGCACACGCAGCUGGGAUGCUAGUUUUAGUACAAAUUCAACACUCAGUUUGUACAACUUGAAUAUAGCCCAGUCUAACCUAGAAACAAAAGUUGCUGCUUCAGUCGAAUCACCAGGAAGGUUCUAUUCCGUGCAGUGGAGUGUUGCAGAAGGUAAGCCAUCUGGCUUGAUUUAUGGUGGCUGUGACAAUGCUUCCAUCUAUGUUUAUGAUGCUUCCAAAUUGCUGGCAGGGGAUGCAGAUUAUUUGCUGGGAAAAACAGAAGGGUUGCAUUCUGGUCCAGUUUUCACCAUUUCAUCCAACCCCCUACAGAAAAAUCUUAUUGCAUCAGGAUCUUCCGAGUGUGAAAUUUCAGUAUGGGAUAUUAAUAAAUUAGAUACUCCAAAUUCUCCAGGGAAAAGACCAGCAAUAAGUGCUGAUGUCAGCUGUGUGUCAUUCAACAGACAAGUUGCCCAUAUCUUGGCAUCGACAUAUGCAGGCCAUUGUGUUAUGUGGGAUCUUAGGAAACAAACUUCUAUCAUUUCAAUAUCAGAUACUGUAUCGAGGAUGAAGUCCAAAAGUAUUUGUUGGGAACCCAAGUGUAGCUACACAGUGUUACUAGCAAGUGAUGAUGACAGCACACCAUGGGCACAGAUUUGGGAUUUACGUUAUGCUAACCAGCCAAUCAAAACUCUUCAAGGCCAUCAGCGAGGCAUCUUGAAGGCAAUGUGGUGUGCUCAGGAUGACAAUCUUUUGAUUACAGCAUCUAAAGAUAACAAGUAAAAUAUAUGUUGGAAUCCAAACUUGACCAACGGUACUGAAAUAGUGGGCGAGUUUCCUUCAUAUAAUCAGUGGAGUUUUGACAUGGACUGGUGUGGGCGAGAUCCAUCUCUGGUUGCUAUGGCAUCUGUCGAUGGCUAUGUUAGUGUAUAUUCAAUUUUGGGUGGUGGUCUGCCACCCACCAGACUGACAAGGUUAUUUUCGGCCAUAGCAGACUCAUUUCCAGGAAUGGAGAUGCCUGCCGUUGCACCACAAGGUGUAUCUCCGCAGCCCAUCCAGUUGAAGUAUGCUCCUAAGUGGUUCCCUAAGCCUGCUGGCGCUCGAUUCUGUUUUGGUGGACGAUUAGUUUCAUGGAACAGUCAGACACGUGGGGUGGCAAUAUCCCAAGUAGUUACGGAGCCCGAAUUGAUUGAGCGAAGCAGACAGCUUGAAGAGUCACUUUCUCAAGGCCAAUUAGAUAUGUUUUGUUAUGCAAAAGCACAAAAUGCAGCUCAGACAUCAAAUCAAGUAAAAAAAUUAUGGCAGACCAUUGGUGCAAACUUUUGGGCAGUCUCCUCGUGCCAAUUUUAUGGAGAUAUGGGAUAUUCCAAAACUCAGGUGUCAAGCAGGCUGAAACCAGCUGCACCAACACCUGUAGAAAAUGGAGUGAGUCCCGAAGAUUUGGCUGAUAAGAUGGCAAGCCUUGCAACCACUGAUGGUAGUACUGGCUCUCUCGACCCAAGUGAGCAGUUUGAAAUGAUCGCUUCAGCGCAGUCAUUUGAAGCUGAGGUUGUGGAACCUGAGGUUCAGGCUACGCCAGAGCCUGACCCUGAACCUGUUGUGCAGGAUGUGUUUCCCACAGAAGUAGGAGAAAACAGUCAAGGCCUUCUUACUCAAGCUCUCCUUAUAGGCUAUUUAGAGUCGGCUGUUGAUUUGUGUGUAAAGCGAAAGUUGUAUCCUCAUGCACUCAGCCUAGCUGCUCAUGCUGGACCUGACUUAUUUGCAAAAACUCGAGACUUAGUUCUGAGUGGGAUCGAGUGUAAUGUAGCUCCCACAAUCAGUGCAAUAGUUCAAGGAGAUUUGACAAGUAUCGCAAGUAGUUGCAGCAUUGCACAUUUGGAAAGAGGCUCUGACUGCUCUCUCACAUACUCAGAUGAUCAAACCUUCCCAGGCUUAGCAGAGACUCUUGGAGAACGUUUAGAAGCAGAAGGGAAUCCUGAUUGUUUGCCAUCAGCUGUAAUAUGUUAUGUAAUGGCUGGAAGUCUAGAUAAGUUUGCUGCCUGUUGGUUGAAACUGCGACCCAGCACAAAACCAGCAGAUUGCAGAGUGUUAUUAGAUAGUGGAGAUAGUUAA